AGUGUCAAAAAGAGCAAUAAAUGUUUGUGUACUGUUUAUUAUUUUAUUGUUGUAAUUUAUCCCAAAAAUAGCGAUUUAUCCCAAUUAUUGUAACUAUUUUCUGAAAAUUUCAUUAUAUAAUGGAAAAAUGUCGUAUAUGCUUACGAAAUAUGAAAAAUCUACUCUCAGUAAACACAAAAGCAGACGGUGUUACCUUUGCCGAUAUGAUAUUUUCUAUUGCUAACAUUAAGGUUUGUCAAAAUGAAGAUGGUUCUAGCGAUCAAUUGUGUCGUUCCUGUCGUGAUAAACUCAUCAACGCUUACAAAUUUAAAAUGGAUAUUGAAAGGUCUGAAAUGGUUUUACAAGAAACCUCCAAUGUGAAAAGAAUCAACUUUUGUAACCUAAGUGAUAUCAAAAUAAAAAUUGAAAUUGACACUGACUGCAAACCGAUCAUGCCUUCCAUGGAAACCCUUUCCAACAAACUAUUUAAGGAGGGUGUUGAUUGCCUCUCAUAUAACAAUACUACAAUUAAGAAAGUGGAAGAUAAAAAAACAAAGUCACUGUCUGUAGGUGAAUUUUUAAAUUCCAUAAAAACAGAGUGUGACAAUGACUGUGACUACCAGGAAUAUGAAGUUGGAGCAGAUGAGUACCCCUCAGACUCCGGAAGCAACUUCAGCUACGAUAUGAACUUGGCUGCACGUAAAUAUAAGAAGAAAAAAACUGCGAAGAAAAAAGGAAAAGCAACUAAGAAAUGCCAAUCUGACCAAAGUUCUCAGAAAGAGAAUGUAAAUGGAAAGCAAAUCAAGCCUUUAAAACCUAUACUUAUACAAGACUUGCGGUUAGUUCCAUCAAAACCACUCAAUCCGAAGCCCAGGGCAAGUAGAAAGAAAAAAAUUCCAGAAAAUUCAGUCACUGUAUGUCCAUACUGUGGAAAGCUGUGUAAAUCCUUAAAUAGUCACAUUUUACUUCACACAGGAAGCAAGAAUUUCAAGUGUGACCAAUGUCUUAAAGCAUUUUACACGCAGUCUGCUUUGUCAGCACACGUAAAGACGCAUGCACUAACACGAAGCUUUAAAUGUGAACACUGCAUUGCCGCUUUUUAUAGCAAAACUCAAUUGAAAAGCCACAUGUUAUCUCAUGUUGAUGAAAGAAAAUUCGUUUGUGACAUUUGCAAUAAAGCAUUUAAACGGAGGCCGCAACUGGAACGGCACAAGUUGACACACAAUUUCGGAGUAAAACCUAUCCAGUGUGAGCUAUGUCCUAUGACGUUUAUCACGAAGUACGGCUUGCAACAUCACAUGCGAGUGCACACUGGCGAACGACCUUUUAAAUGCGAGAUCUGCUCGCAGCCUUAUAGCUACAAACACGAUUUUAACCGGCAUUGCUUGAAAAAGCACGGUGUGUUCCUGAAAAGAAGGUCGAUACAUGUUAUGAACGAAGAAGUGUUACAACAAGAAAGAGCUCUUAUGAGAGAUCUAUCGCUCCGAGCUCAUGGCAUUAUCAAAGGAGAGAUAGAAGGCCCGUUCGAAAGUCCUAAGGGAGCGUUAGCGUACACAAUGGCUAUGAAAGCGAUAGAAGCUAAUAAGAUCCCAAUAAUUUAUUGAUAAUCUAUAUAGAUAAUAUGAUUAUUUUUAUUAAGUUCUGUAAAUACUUCAUUUUUGUUUUAUACCUACGGACGCGAACAAGCUCAAUUACCUAAGAAAUGCGUGAAUAUUGAAAAUGAUGAUGAUUGAUUGAAUAAGAUUAAUCUAAGGCACAAGUUCACCGACAAUAUAAAGAUCAGUUUUCUUAAAACAAGUAGGUAUAUAUUUACUUUGAAUUUUCAGACACAAUCAUCAAAAUAAUCAAUUGUUAAAAAAACGGACGUUUAAGUUGUCGCCGAACUUGGGCCAAGAAUUUUGUAAAAAAUGUACUUGAGAAAUAAAUGUUGAUUGUUUUAA